AUGUGCGGGCCGCGGCUUUUGACCGGAGCGAAGCUCUUGUUCGAUCCUUCGGGCUUCAUCGAGAAGCUUCGAGACCACCAAGCCGAGUUCAAAUUGGCGGCUCAGAGUUUCGGAGCACAUCUGAGCACUCUUGCAAUGAAGACUGACCUGGAGACUAUGCAAUUGCAGUACACGACAGCGUUCACUCAGGCUAAGAUCAGUAGUCAGCUUGAAGCACUUAUAAAAUUCAAAGAGGAAUUCCAAGAGAGACAGGCUCAGAUGGAGGUGCGCGAACAUAACACUCGGGUUGAAGUGUUGGAGAGUAUACGUCCACUGCUCAACAACUUGAUGGACUCCUUGCAGCAAAAGGCCAUAAGUGCCCCACAACCUCGCCACUUAGUAGCUGGUCCGGAGGUAAAUGUCGAUGACACACUCACGGACUUUCUUUAUGAGCGUGAUCUCGUCAAGAAUGACUGUGUCGCAUUAGCCAAAUUGCUCAAGGGAAAGCAUCAUCUUGCCAGAUAUGAUAUAAAUCGGAUCUCAGCCCUGUCAUUCCACCCGCAGCUACGUGCAUGGCUCACGGUCGACGAACCAUCUCUGAUUCUUCUCAAUGGUCGAGCUGAUGCUCGCCCGGACUCGGAAGUGUCGCUAUACACCGCAAAGAUAGUGCACCAGUUGCUCGAACACCAUUGGGCACAAGCGGGGCAGAGCAGCUCAGGUGGCACAGUCAUACCUUUGGCAUUCUUCUGUGGUCAGCAUCGGGACUGGCAAAGAGAUGACAGUGGAACUCCCGAGGAGCUUGCCAUGAGUCUCCUACUUCAGCUGGUGGACCGCGGCCAACAUCAUCUGAACACAAAUAUACUUCGAACCUUCAGCGAACAUACGAUCGGUGGAGAUACAGAUUCUAUCUGCUCAAUGUUUGGACGACUGAUCUCUAGCCUUAGUCGCGAGGUCAUUGUGAUAGUGGUAAUUGAUGGUUUGAGGUAUUUCGCACAGCCACCAAACAGGGGCCAUGGUACCAAGGUGGUUGUUUCGCAACUGGUUCAGAUAUAUAGGAGGUCCCCGCAAGCGACCAUGAAGUUCCUGUUCACCAGUCCGACGAAGUCACAUUUCUUGGAGGACUUGUUUACCGAGGAGGAGGUAUUGGAGAUGCCAAGGGACAUCCCAGCUACCGGCAUGGAGUCGUCGCAAGUCCCGGACCUCGGCGGAGGCGACAGCCUGUUUCGAAAGGGCCUCGUCCGUGCGACGCUUGUCGCCGGCGGAAAACUCGCUGCAUCCUUGACACAAGCCAACAAAAGCUAUGACCCGAGCCCAACGGCCACGCUAAAUGCCAAUGCGGUGCCAAAUGGCAUCGACACGCGGAAGGACAGAGCAGAUGUCAUUGCCCGUAUCGAUGAGCGGGGAAGAUCGCUUGGACUAAACCCUACUAAGUUCGCCGAACUGUAUGGGCUGGGGAGCGAUAUGGAACCUAUUCUUAUGGGCUCCGAUACUAAAUCUUCUCUUUUCGAAGAUAACUCCGAUGCUGUUGACUCCAUCGAAGCUUGCGUCAAACCUCAUGGAGAAAAGUUACUUCGGCUGUUCUGGAAGAUCAUACAUCCAUCGUACCCAAUUGUUCACAAAGACGGAUUCAUGGAGAAAUACAAGAAGUCCUACCGGUGCAUUGAUGCGCCUUUGUUAGGUGCAGUCUACCUCAAUGCGAUCAACUGGUGGUUCUACGAUUCCAAUCUGUCAAAUCAGCCAGGCAUAGAUGUCGCCACCUUACGUAAGCUCACAUUGCAGAACAUCCAGCUCUCUUAUCAUCGACCUCGUUUGUCAUCGAUCGAAGCGGCCUUACUACUUCUGCAAUGCAAGCCUGAGGAUCCGCUGAAUCCUGAUCAUACCUUCGCGUGGGGACUGACUUCGCAGGUUCUAUCGGUUGGGCAGGCUUGCGGAUUGCACCUUGAUGCAUCGGCGUGGGCGAUCCCUGAAUGGGAAAGAUCUCUGCGAAAACGACUUGGCUGGGCUAUCUAUAUACAAGAUGUAUGGACGGCGCUCGCGCAUGGUCGGCCCACACAUAUAACGGAAGAUGAUUGGGGUGUCACCCCCCUCGCCGAAGACGACUUCGACAUUGCGGAUGGUACGAGUGUCGAAGGAGAGCAGUUUCUGUACUUUCAAUCGCUCACAAAAAUAUUGCACACUGUCCUCAGGACCUUCUACACGGUCAAAUCCACAACGCAGCAGGACACGUCGAAGCUAAAGGAACAAGCGCAACCAAUUUUCGACUCCCUUGAGCGGUGGCAUCUAUCUCUACCGCCAUCGCUUGCAGUAUCUAACCUUCCACCAAGAGAGCUCUGCGCGAACGGCAAUAUACAUCUCGCUUAUUACGGCGUAAAGAUUAACAUACUUCGCCGCCUAGUGCGCUCGACUGCUCUCGCUCCACUCUGUCUCGAUAUACCAGCUCUUACUGCGAUCAGAGUCCAUGCCCACGAGACAGCGCAACAAGCCACUUCUUUUGUGGCGUCAUUACGACUCGAGCAUUUGGACAGCUUCUGGUACUUUGUCGCACCUUAUCUGUUCUCUGUCAUAGGCUCCUUUCUCACACUACUACUGGUCACUAGUCUUACGCCAGCAGAGCGCGAUCAUUGGCGUGAGUCACUGAGAGCUUACCUAUGGACACUACGCAUCAUGAGCAAGUCCAAUGAGCCGAUUCGAUACGCCGUGAAUCGCCUGGAAGGAGCCAUUCUCCGUGGUCUGGAGCACGCGCUCGUGUUCACGGUGGAGGGUACCUCACCGGUAGCUUUUGAAGCUACGCCUGGCCAGUUCAACGCGGACCCAGACGCCUUUGCGCUCGGUUUUGGUUUUACAGACGGUUUUGAUCCUAUUGAAAUGGACCUAACCGCUUUCGAUUUUCUAAGUAAUGCUACCCUUGGCUGA